CGAUGGUGUUAAUUGCUGAUUGGCAGCACCUGUGAGAGCCAAUUUAUUUUCCGGUAUAAAAGGCUCUUCACAGGUCGUGUUGGUCACCUCAGCAGGUCUUCACUCUCACUUUGUGCUUGGCUGCAGCUGGCUUUGGAAAUGGCUUUGGUCGGGAAGCAGGCGCUGCUCGUGUACGCCCACCAGAGCCCUGGCUCUUUCAACGCCGCCGCCAAAGACGUCGCCGUGGACGUCCUCACCGCUCAGGGCUGCACGGUGACCGUGUCCGACCUUUACGCGAUGAAGUUUAAAGCCGCCGCGACAGCUGAGGACAUCAUUAGUGAGGGUGGGGUUAAGCGAGCUGAGAACUUCAGUUAUGCCGAAGAGACCAAAGUGGCGUGGGAGGAAGGAAAACUGUCCGCCGACAUCACCGCGGAGCAACAUAAACUCUCGGCGGCCGACCUAAUCAUCUUCCAGUUCCCCAUGUACUGGUUCAGUCUGCCCGCCAUCUUGAAGGGCUGGAUUGAUCGGGUGCUCGUGCUGGGAUACGCGUACUCUAAAGAGAAGCGGUACAGUCAAGGCAUCUUUAAGGAGAAGAAGGCUAUGCUGUCUUUCACUACUGGCUCCCAGGAGUCGAUGUUCAGUGCUCAUGGGAUCAAUGGUGACAUGAAUGUCACGCUCUGGCCAAUUCAGAACGGCAUCCUGCACUACUGCGGCUUCCAGGUUCUGGCACCUCAGAUCUUCUGGGCUCCGGCUCACGUCCCCCAGGAGGACCGGGCGGCCAUGCUGCAGGCCUGGCGCGGCCGCCUUGAGGGUCUCCCGGGAGAGGCGCCGCUGUCUUUCACCCCCAUGGACUGCUUUGACGGCGAGAACGGCUUCCAGCUGAAGCCGGAGGUGCAGGAGAAGCACGCCGGCGAGAAGUUUGGGCUCACUGUGGGCACCCACAUGGGACUGGCUGUACCACCUGACAACCAGAUGAGGGCUGCCAUCUGAAAUGUGAUUUAAUUAAUAAAAUUACUAAUUUGAA